UGAGUGGGGUAGGCUGCGCCCGAGGCCCAGAAGGGGUAGCAGGCCAUGGCGGCGGCAGCGGCGGCGGCUGCGGCGGCUGUGGCGGGUUGGCUGGGCUGGGUGCUCGCAGCGCUGUGUCUGGGCAGCAGCGCGGGGGAGGCGGCGCCGGGCGCGGGACUGCUGAGCUUCUGCAUGGAGGAGGACGGCGCACCGGCCGCAGGCUCCCUGCGCGGAAGGGCAGCGCCGGAGGCCACUCUGUGCUUGCGACUCUUCUGCUCGGGCUUAGCCAACAGCUCCUGGACCUGGGCGGCCCCCGAGGGCGCAGGCUGCCCGGAGGGCGGGCGGGCCACGGAGCCCGAGGAGGCGGCCGCCCCCACGGGCGAGUGGCGCGCGCUGCUGCGCCUGCGCGCCGAGGCCGGGCACCCGCGCUCCGCGCUGCUGGCCGUGCGCGUGGAGCCCGGCGGCGGGGCAGCCGAGGAGGCGGCGCCGCCCUGGGCGCUCGGGCUCGGGGCGGCCGGGCUGCUGGCGCUGGCGGCCGUGGCGCGCGGCCUGCAGCUGAGCGCGCUGGCCCUGGCGCCGGCCGAGGUGCAGGUGCUGCGCGAGAGCGGCUCGGAGGCGGAGCGCGCGGCGGCGCGGCGCCUGGAGCCGGCGCGCCGGUGGGCCGGCUGCGCCCUGGGCGCGCUGCUGCUCCUGGCCAGCCUGGCGCAGGCGGCGCUGGCGGUGCUGCUGUACCGCGCGGCCGGCCAGCGCGCCGUGCCCGCCGUGCUGGGCUGCGCCGGGCUGGUGUUCCUGGUGGGCGAGGUGCUGCCGGCCGCCGUGAGCGGGCGCUGGGCGCUGGCGCUGGCGCCGCGCGCGCUGGCCCUCAGCCGCCUGGCGGUGCUGCUCACCUUGCCCGUGGCGCUGCCCGUGGGCCAGCUGCUGGAGCUGGCAGCGCGGCCCGGGCGCCUGCGGGAGCGGGUGCUGGAGCUGGCGCGAGGCUGCGGCGACCCCUACAGUGACCUCAGCAAGGGCGUGCUGCGCUACCGGACCGUGGAGGAUGUGCUCACGCCGCUCGAAGACUGCUUCAUGCUGGACUCUGGCGCUAUCCUGGACUUCGGUGUCCUCGCCAGCAUCAUGCAGAGCGGCCACACGCGCAUCCCGGUGUACGAGGAGGAGCGCUCCAACAUCGUGGACAUGCUGUACCUUAAAGACUUGGCCUUCGUGGACCCCGAGGACUGCACGCCUCUCAGCACCAUCACCCGCUUCUACAACCAUCCACUCCACUUCGUCUUCAACGACACUAAAUUGGACGCCGUCCUGGAGGAGUUCAAGCGAGGGAAGUCCCACCUGGCCAUUGUGCAGAGGGUGAACAAUGAAGGUGAGGGUGACCCCUUCUACGAGGUGCUGGGCCUGGUUACCCUGGAGGAUGUCAUUGAGGAGAUCAUCAGGUCGGAGAUCCUGGAUGAAUCUGAAGACUACCCAGACACCAAGGUGAGAAAGAAGACCGUUGCCCUGAGCACCCCUCUCAAGCGGAAGGAGGAAUUCUCCUUAUUCAAGGUGUCUGAUGAUGAAUAUAAAGUAAAAAUCUCGCCUCAGCUGCUCCUCGCCACCCAGCGCUUCCUUUCCCGAGAGGUGGAUGUGUUCAGCCCGUUGCGAAUCUCCGAGAAAGUCUUGCUGCACCUGCUGAAACAUCCCAGCGUCAACCAGGAGGUGAAGUUUGACGAGAACAACCGCCUGGCCGCACACCAUUACUUGUACCAGCGCAGCCAGCCGGUGGACUACUUCAUUCUCAUCCUGCAGGGCAGGGUCGAGGUGGAAAUUGGGAAGGAGGGCCUGAAGUUUGAGAACGGGGCCUUCACAUACUACGGAGUGUCUGCCCUGACAGCUCCAUCUUCAGCUCACCAGUCCCCAGUGUCUUCACGCCAGCUCAUCCGCCAUGACCUGCAUCCUGAACCAGCUGAUAGUACCCGCUCCUCCACGUACUGUCCUGACUACACCGUGCGGGCCCUUUCUGACCUGCAGCUCAUUAAGGUCACACGGCUGCAGUACCUUAACGCACUCCUGGCUACCCGAGCCCAAAGCUUGCCUCCAUCCCCAGAGAAUGCUGGGCUCCAGGCCAUACCAGGCAGCCAAACCAGGCUGCUUGGUGACAAGUCCGCCGAGACAGCAGCCUUCCCAGUAGACCUUUCCCUCUUUGGCACAUUUGGAAACUGCAGUUGAUAAAUGACUGUGGACUAGUGAGCAUUUUUUGUUUUAAGAGAACACCAAGGGUCCAGCAGCAGCAGACCUGGCAUCCCAGUGGAGGAGAGCCCUGGGCGGAACCCAGGAGUGUAACUGCUUGCCAUGCAGCCCCAAGCUGAAAAUGGACAAGCAUGUGGGGAUCUGUGGAGAGCCAAACAGGAACUUUAUGCCAGUCUGUCCCCACCUAUCCUGGCCACGUUUUAGAUGGCCCUUAUACGCAGUAGGUCCCGGUCCUCCUCAGUGCCAGAGCCUCCGGCCGGCUCUGCCUUCCCUUAGGAGAUGGGGUUGGCAGGGCAACCCUCCAGAAGCCUGUUUCUGGGGGAACGAAAGAAACAGCAUCAUCUCUAGCCCGAAGGGCCCAGCUCCUCCCUGGAGGCUGUAACAGCACAGCGUUCAUACCUCCCUGAGCCAGGUGCCAUGUGGGGGCACAGUCACGACCUUUACAUGGCCUUGGCAGUGCUCACUCUGCUUUUGAUUGGCCAACCCUCUGCUGCUGGCGUCACUUCCUGAGCAAACCAAGAGAGCUGAUUUUGAUGGAGAUGUUCAAAUCUAUGGCCCUGUCAUGUACUUUCUGGCUUCCCUUACAGUUCUGAUUCAUGUACCCUGUUUUUUCCUUGUGCCAAUAGAUCUGUGUUCUGGUUCUGCUCCCUCCUGUGGAGGAAGCUCUUCUGACUCCUGAGGUCAAGGGCAGGCUGGCCUGGUGACACAGGAAGCCUGUUAAGCAUGGCCCAGGGGUCAGCUUCCAUUUCCCCCUACCCGUGAGUACAGUGCCACCAAUGGUAGUAUCAAUUUCUGUUUGAGGUCAGGUGUGGAAGGCUAUAAGGUCAGUGUUGACUGACCCAGGAGAGGAUGACGCCUGUUGUACCUGCCUUGUACUUAAGGGCAUGUGCAGCUGUGAGAGCAGCAGUCAGUGAGCAUUGGUUGUGAGCCUGGAACCUCCUUGUCACCUGAGAAGUGAAGGUUUUCUUGCAUCUCUGAAAUACUUCAGAGUCCAUGCGCUUUUCUGUUGCAGUGAUACAGGGAUGGGAAGGCCUUGCCUUUUUCUUCCCAUUUACCUACAUUUUCCUUCCCCAAUUUCAGCUCUGGGACCAUACAUUGUGGUGGGAAGGGAGGGUUUCUGAAAUCUCCCUCAAAAGAAUGCGGGUCCUGGUGAGUCCUGCAGGCCGAGAGAACAGUGGUAUGCUUGCCGAGAAAAUUCCAAAGGAUUAUGCUCUAAGAACAAACCAAGUUUGGAAGCAAAUACGUCAAAAAUCAUCUGUCUCCGGAACAAGAUUCCGAAUUUUGGCUGCACCUCAGAAUCACCUGGCCUCACCUUGAACAUCAGGGUUUUGUGGUCUUGAAAUAGUUUUAAAUUCAUGGAAGAGCCCUGUGUGCCCUUCCUCAGCUUCCCCUGAUGUUGACAUGUUAAAUAACCCUGUCACGUUUAUCAGAACUAAAACGGUAGUGUGAGUACAGCACUCUUACCUGGGGUUUUGGAUGUGUCCCCCCCCCCCCCGCCGGUAAUAUCUUCUUCUGUUGCAGGAUACCAAGGUGGGGUGCCAGAGUGUACUUGGAGCUGUUGCUUUCCUUUUUACCUAACUAUUGUUCACAGUGAUUGCCGAGUCACAGGAAACUGCAAAGACCCAGAGUCCAUGCACCCUUGAUCUAGUUUUCCUCAGCAGUUCUGUCUCAUCAACUACAGUGUGCAGAGCUGUGGAGCUCUGCAUGCCUGGCACCUGUAUAGACCUGAGUAGCUGUACCAAAGGCUAACCCAUGUCCCGUCGCUGCUGGGUUCCCCCUGGACUACCAGUCAGAGUCACCUGUGCUGUCCUAAGCCCUAGCACCCACUGCGCUGUUGCUGAUCUCUGUUAUUCUGUCAUUUCGAGAAUGUUGUUUGAGGGGCCAUGCAGUACGUCACCUUCUGGGACUGAUUCCUCACUCUGCAAAGUUCUCUGGAGACGGAUCCAGGUGGUUGUGUCAGUGGUUUGCUCCUCUCCCUCGCUAAGUGGUAUUGUAUCCCAUGGUGUACUCAUUGUCCUGUCAUAGGACAUAUGGGUUGUUUCCACUUUUUGGCCUUUUCCAAAUAAAGCUGCUAUGAACAUUCAUAUACA